GUCGAUACGAGAGAUGACUAUGGACGGACGCCGCUAUCGUGGGCUGCCGAGGGAGGGCAUGAGGCCGUUGUGCGAUUGCUACUGGAGAAAGGCGCCGCUAUUGAGGCGAGGGAUAGAUAUGGUUGGACGCCGCUAUCGUUGGCUGCUGGGGGAGGGCAUAUGGCCGUCGUGCGACUGCUAAAAUCGUAUGGUGCCCGGUCUGCUUAA